AGGAGGGUGGUUUCUGGAGCGAUGGCUUCGUCCGCACAUCAACCGACGAGGUCCGCCAGUACAUCCGGGCCGGCGAGCUUGCUAUUGCAUGGCGACAGCCAAACUCCCCCUCGCAGCCGCCGUCCUCCGAGCCACCCGAUAUAAUGGGCUGCGUCCGCACGCUGCUCCUCGACGCUCGGACGGGCGAGUUUGGGCUGCUGGUGUGUGACCCGGCGUUUCGUGGCUCCGGCAUCGGGCGGGACCUGUUGCGAUUUGCCGAAGACAGCAUCAGAAAGCGUGGUGGUGGCGUCAUGCAGCUGGAGCUGCUGGUUGGAGAUGGCUGGACGCACCCGCUCAAGGAGAGGUUGGGCAAGUGGUAUGAGCGGGUUGGCUACAAGUUAGUCCGUACAGGCUCGGUGGCGGAGGCCUUUCCGCGCCUGGCGCCCAUGAUGGCGCGGCCUUCGCUAUUCAGGGUCUACCAGAAAGUGCUGUCCCUGCAGAUCGGCAAACCGGAAAGCUGAAAGUGGGCGGAAAAUGGAAUGCGGAAAG